ACAACAACGAAACACCCACAAAAACUCAACAACGAACACCUUACACCCCUGCUUUGCACUGCACACCGCACAGAACUCUUGACAUCCGCUGACAUUGAAGACGGCAAAGUCGAGGUUGACCCCGUCACCAAGGCACGCACCGAAUAUAAAGUCAUCGAUGGCGGCUAUGAGGUACGCACCAUCGCACCACAACCGAAUGGCACUGUGAAGACCUCCGUGCGUACGUUCUGGGAUCCCAAACCGGUGAGUGAGGAGGACAUGAAGCGUGAACAACAGAAUAAGUUGGAAAUUCGCAAGCGUUUCGGCAAGGAGAUACGCAUUGACAAUAAGACGACCAUGUUGACACGCGAAAUUGAAGGUGGCUAUGAGGAGGUGUACACCACCGUCAAUGAUGAUGGCACACGCAGCACAAAAACCAAGACCUUCUUCGAUUCCGUGCCCACUGAGCUGCCCGACAACUACAAGGCACCCGGUGGUGGCGCGCCAGUUGAUAAAAAUAAGAAGAAGACUUUGGUGAAGAAGUCGUCGGUAGAUUCGACUGACUCGACUGAAUCGCGUCGCAUUGUACAACGCACCGACCAACAGCAGGGUAAUUUCAAACAAGAAACCACUGUCGAGGAGUCACGUCGUGUCAUGCAGAGCACUGAGAUUACCGAGAACAACCGUACGGUGCGUAAGAAUUCGGUGCAAGAACAGAAUAUCAAGCAAAUUACCUCAUCCUCUGGCGGUGUUGAUACCAAAGAUAAAAAGAAGACUAAGAAGACCAAGUCGAACAUACCGCCACCACCACCAGACUUCAUUGAGAAUGAUACCACCACUGUGACCUCAAAGCGUGUACCACAUGGCGUGGAGUACACAUACUCAACCAAAUUGGAGUCCGGUAAGACCAUUACCACUUCGAAGACCGUGUACGAGGAGGAGGAAGCCGAGUUGACUGAGGAGGAGAUACGCGCUUAUAAGAAAACUUUAAAAGAUGCUGAAAAACAUCAGAAUGUCACCUCAACCAAAAAGCUACGUUCUGAAUCGGGCACUAAGAAGGUUGUGCCCUCCGAGAAUCCCGGUGAUGUGACCACUGUCGAAACUAUUAAGAUCGAAGGCGGCACCGAGUACCAUUACACCACUGUCACCAAGGAGGGUAUUGUCAAGAAGGCCGUUAAGACUGUCUACGAUCCCGUGGCAACUCAGGGAGGCGAGGAGAGCGAAGAAGAGAUUGUGGAGGAUUACGAGGAAGAGAUCAUCGAACCCGGUGAGAAGAAUGUACGCACCGUUGAGACCAUCAAGCAGUUGCCAAAGAAAUUCGAAGAAUCCGUCACUGUCACCCAUGAGAAGACCGAGAAGAAGGUAAAGAAGUCCAUGAUGAUCAGCCAUUAAACAAGCUAAUUAGCUGCGCUGUGCUUUGCGGCAAGAUCUGGCGAAUGUGUGGAGCGCUAAAUCAAUUUUUUAUAUAUACAGGGUGCCAAUGCCAAGUUUUUAUAAUGCAAAAAGCUAAUUUUUUAAACUUUUCUAUUAAAACAUCAAAACACGAAAACACACGAAAACACACACACAUACACGCUCGCAUAUCAACACAAAUACACAAUCAUGCACUUGUUUGUAACGGCACAAUAAUGCAAUUGCAAUGCAAAUAAAAAAAACAUAUGAAUUAAAUGUCAAAGAAUAAAAAAAAA